UCGAGUCGGAUGCGGUGGUGGUCAGGAGGCUGAUGGCCGAGCAGCAGCUGUUGCAACACCAACAACAUACCAAUACACAGCAUACACAACAUCAACACCAGCAACAGCAGCAUCCAUCAGUGGAAGAUGAACAACAACAACACAACAACCCACAGAAACAGCAACAACAACAAGAGCAGCAUCCCCAACCAGAUGUGGAUCCACAACAGAAAAAGGUGAAACAAGAGCAGCAAGAACAGGAACAUCCAAAGGAUGUGGAAAUGAUGCACCAACAGCAGGCGGAUGAUCAAGACACACAACAGCAACAAUCACAAAAACAGCCGCACCAUCACACGGAUCAACAACUGGAGACGGAUAUGGAACUAGAUCUGGACCUGGACUUUGAUCAGGAAUACAUUGAGGGUAUGGAAUACGAGGAUGAGGAAGAUGUCGAAGUCGAUGUGGAUGUGGACGUCGAUGUCGAUGUUGAUGUCGAUGUGAACGAAGCAGUGGGCAACGACAACGAGGAGGAGGUUGAGGAAGAGGAGGAGGAGGAAGAGGAAGACACAGACGAUGGUACCAUUGUCGAGGACAGUGAUGCCACCAGUUGCAGCAGUUGUCGUCGCGCCGAAGUGGAGGAGCUGCAACAGCUUCAACAGCAGCAGGAGGAGGAGCUACUCCAACAACAACAACCAACAAUGCAACAGCACCAACAACAAACACUAAAACAAACACUACAACAGCAGCCGGGGCACGUGGUGGAGGUACCUGCGGCUGUGGUUCCAGCUCCUGUUGCACCUGUUCAGGAUGAUGACGACAACGAUGAUGACGAGGAUCUGGAUGUCGAUAUCGAUAUCGAACUUCCAUCGGUAGAUGGUGCCUAGAUCCUCGUCGAACGAUUAUAGUUCCAUAUACGCACACACACAUGCGCAGUCGCAGCAUCACCAACCUCAGCAGCAGGAAAAACAAGAGCAACAACAACAGAAUGUUCGUCCGUGUGGCAUGGUGCUAAUGAACGAAAUACCCAAAUUUUGUUGCUUUGGGUAUUUCAAUCAUUGAUUGAUCAGACACUAAUCACAGACACAAGGACACACGCCUCCAAAAUUUUGGACAAAACAAAAUGUGUUUACACACACCCAAAAUACACCGCUAGAUAGAUCCGAUUAUAUAUAUACAUAUAGAUAUAGAUCGCGGAUCGCAGAUCGUAGUAGGACCAACGCCGCUAAAAUCAUCAAUUUAUUAGAUAAUUUCCCCAUCUGGCAACAACAACCACCAAAUCGAUAUAUAUAUAUACACGUGCAUUUUUCCCUAUUUAUAUGUAUUUGAGAAUUGUUUUAUUGAUCGAUAUGAUAUGAUGUAACAAAACUCAAACACAAAUAUUUUUAUUUGUUUUCUGUUUCUUUUUUGUUUUAAAGACACGAAAAUUAUUGCAACAAACUCAAAUCACGAUUAAAAAUAAUGUUGAACUUAAAUG